CCCCAAACCCCAUCGCCGCUGCCUGCCUAGCUUGUUUGGCAUGCCAUGCCAUGCGAAAAGGGCCAAUAUUCUCUUGUGGCAUCAUUGCGGCCAGCGUUUCCAUUCCAAUCCAUGCCGCUACUUUGCGCUCUCUCGUGCCAAUGUUUUGUUUAUAAAUCCCCCCACCCCCCUACCAAGUUCUGCUACUAGUGCCUACCGGAAGUCCACAACACACCUUUGCCGUCUCCCCUCUCCUUUUAUAUUUGUCUCAUGCAAGCUUAUAAUCGCUCAAAGACAAGACGAGAAGAGCAAGAAGAGAAGCAUAUGACGCAGAUGGAGGAGCUCGUGCACCAGUGCGACAUGGAGGUCAUGAAGAUGGCCAUGCUCAAGCACGAGCAGACAUUCAGGCAGCAGGUGCAUGAUCUACACCGGCUGUACCGAGUCCAGAAGCAGCUCAUGGGCGACCAGAGCGGGCGCCCGUCGGUGCCACCCUGCCAUCAGGUGCAGCGGCGCAGGGAGCACCCCCGCCGGCCGGAGCUGAGCCUGCAGCUCCCUGUCGACGACGACGAGUACGCCGUCGUCAGCGGCGGCACAGGCCGCCUAGCGACGCCGCCGUCCAUGGAGAGCGAGGACGAGCUGGAGCUGACGCUGGCCGUCGGCGGCGGCGGCGGGAACGGCGGCAGCAGCCGGAGCCAGAGGAGGAGGCGGGAGAGCGCGACGGACUGCUCCGGCAGAAGAAGCCCACAGACGCCGUCUUCGUCGACCGACUCCGACGACGCGCUCCGCACGGUGCCGCACCACCAGAGGGCGACGGCGUGUGAUCUCCGGGGAGGGGUGAUGGUGUCGAAGCAGCCGCAAUGGCUGGUGCGCUGUCUCAGCCUUAGGAUGGCUUGAUCGAUUUCACGACGAGACCUCUACUGUAGACUUUUGUUAAAUUGCUACCGGUUUCCCCGCGUGGUUACUGGUACUCCCUCCUCUGUCCCAUAAUAGCGUUUUUUACACUACACUAGUGUCAAAAACACUUUUAUAUUAUAAGACGGAGGGAAUAAUAAAUUAGAUUGAUCACAAGUGUUUUUUUA